GUGAUGGUGGAGGUCGAGUCGAGUCUCAGUCGAGUGACGAGCGAGUGAGUGAUGGGUCGAGUCGCGUCGACUAUGCGCGUCGAGUCGAGUCGGAGGUUCUUGCUCUCGUUUCAACCGGCACUCAACUCUAUUUCUUCGGAAAAUCUUGGCAGAUCCACGUCAGUCUGCACCUUCAUUUUUGUUCAUUGCUUUUGCAGAACCAGCACACGGCACGAGUCGAGUCAGAACAACUGUCCUCUAUCGUAUUUCGACGCUAGACUACCGUACCUUCUUCGAAUGCAUCGGCAAUCGAUCGAGUGACGGAGACCUUUCCACAGCACCCAUCUGUUAGAGCACACAACAUGUGGCCAGCAGCAGUAACAACAAGGCUCCCUUGAUCUCCAUCAAGCCACUGUUGUUGUCAACAUGCCGCCUCAAGAGCAAGUGGUAUCGCCAGAUACCGGUACCUCGUGGGAUAACGAUGAUAGUCAAGCCGGUCGACAAAGAUCUUCUUUCAGCAAGAAUGAAUCCACCAUCAACGUUAGUAACGCCAACCUGGAUUCUAUGGAAAACCUAGAUCCUUUUGAGCCUAUCCAAAGGCGUAGCAUCUUCCACAGGGAAUCUUUCUUGAUGCAGUUUGCCUCCAAGAAGGGACCUCGUGCCAUUUUUCUGUUGCUCAUGUGUUUGGCCCUCGGGGUGGGAUCCACUAUUGGAGUAGUUCCAGCUGUCAUGACAGAUCGAUAUGCCAGAUUACAGCAUGGCUACGAUGAUCCCACGGAUUGUGCUGACUACGACAUGAACUCCAAACCCCAGGAGUGCCUCGAUGGUAGUGCUGAUGCUCAGAAUAUCCACGCCAUAGGCAACCUGAUCAGCAACAUUUUGACUUUCACGACCAGUUCGUUGAUGGGCUCUUUGAGUGACGAAUAUGGAAGGCGAUCGCUCCUGGUGGUGGGAGUUUUCUUUAGUUGCCUGCCGCCUCUCUGUUUGGUUCUGAUUCAGUUCAUCCCCACGAUGAAUCCAACGUGGUACUAUGUUGUCAGUGCCUCCACAGGCCUCGUCAAUUGGAUUGCAUUGUGUAUGUCGGCGCUCGCCGAUGUCAUGCCACCUGAAUGGAGGGCAGCCAGCUUUGGAUUGCUCCUGGCUGGUCUCUCGUUGGGAUUUGCAGGGGCGCCUACCUUGGCCAUUCUGAUGGGACAUCGCCAGGUUUCCAUCAUGGGUUUUUUCAUGGUGUUUCUGGGUUGGCUCAAUACCCUGUUCUUCUUUCCAGAGACGUUGAGCCCCGAGAAAGCAGCAAUGGCGUCUGCGGUGCGCAGGUUGCAAGUGGAAGGAAUGACCAAGAAGGAGCGGAUUAUCUGGAAUCUCAAACGGCCCGCAUGGGAGCUCUCCAUUCUGAAUCGCAAUGACUUUUUCCGCCUCUUGGCGGUUCUAGCCUUCUUUUCGGGGAUGGUCAGUUCUGGGGAUCAGACCCUCUUGGUGUACUACCUCGAAGAGCGCCUGGCGUUCAAAGAUUCCGACGUCGCAACCAUGUUUAUGAUCAACGGGCUGUUGGGGGUAUUCGCACAGGCAGCGAUCCUGAAACCAUCGAUUGACUGCAUCGGAGAAAGGAUGGUCCUCGCCUGUUGCUUUGUGCUGGGCGCCAUCGACAACUUUAUGUACGGAAUUGCCAGGGAUAAGUCAGUCAUCUUUGCGGCCGGAGCAAUAGGUGCCCUGUCAAUGGUGUCGUUUCCGACCAUUUCUGCCAUCAAGGCCAACAACGUUAAUGAAUCGGAGCAGGGACGCAUUCAAGGUGCCCUUUACUCUGUACAAGCUCUUGCCUCAGGAACUGGCCCAAUGUUGAUGAGGUUUGUGUAUCACUUGACAGUAGACGGCGCAUUCCUAGGACCUGGUUCCAUGUUUGUGUUCGCGUCUGGGUUGCUUAUGAUUGCAUCUGGAUGCGCUUAUGCUCUCCCAAAGAGCAAAGCUGACUCGAGGGCUUCUCGCCGUCGAUCGCAACUCCCCAACAUAUUCGAAGAUUUUCCGGAGGCCGAAGACGAGUCCACGCCAUUCGUCGACCCCACAGCUCGCGACUCGUCUUCUUCGUCAGGAUCCUAUGGAACAGAAAUGCCUUAGGAACUGCCGAUCAAUCAUUCAUAACCUCUUAGAGUAGUUCCAUUACACGGGGCCAAUCCAAAGUUUUGCGCGCUUUGAACCCUAGAUUUACUGGUUCCUUUGUCAUCGCAUACUCCUGUCCAUAUCAACGCCUCUCGUGAAGCU